AUUUAGGACACUCCUUACCCUUUUCAUUGUAAGCCAAAUGGCCAAAUUAUGAACACUCUUUGUUACAAUAGGAGACCGACUCAAAACAACUCUGAACUCUCUCUCUCUCACACACACACACAUUAGCUGGACAGAGAGUAAAACACGGCAGAGUAUUGGAGUCCUCUAUCGGAUCGGAUUGAGCAUUACAAUACUACCAGAGUGCAUAUUGAAAGAUAUAUAUAAUUAGCUGACAGAGACCGUUGGCCUCUAUUAGGUGACAACAACAAUUUCCAGUUCCAGUAAAAUGGUGGAUGUGGAAUUCAAGGGCAGUGCACAUCGAAUUAGAAAGUGUGCAUUCGACUUAUUAUGUAUAGGGGAUGAUCUGAUGGAUGAUGAUGACUCAUGGGAUUUGAUGGGAAGGGAUCUUCAGCUCAAAUCGACAUUCUUGUAUUGUGAUUUCAAUAAGAUGAUUUCCAGCGCUCCAAAUAAUCAGAAGAAGGCUCUCACAGACCUUGCCAAUAAGCUAUUUUGCUCCAUUGAAGAGUUGGAUCAUGCAGUAAAAAUCCGAAGCAUUCAUUUGACCAAUGAUCGAUACAAUGAGGCUGCUGUCAUCUUACAGGAAGUGAUGGCACUUAUGCCUUCAGACACUUGAUUUUAGCUAAAUUUGUGUAUAUAUGGGAGAGUGAAGUUUGAUCUGAGGUUAUUGAUGUAAUAACGUGUUGGAAAACUGUCUAAAUAAAAAUGGUAAAUUAUGAG